AUGUCUGAAAUGUUUGCCCGCAGGUUUGAGAAGGGGAGGAUCUACAGCUACAUCGGGGAGGUGGUGGUGUCCGUCAAUCCUUACCGUGCCAUGAACAUCUACGGCCGCGACACCAUCGAGCAGUACAAGGGCCGCGAGCUGUACGAGAGGCCGCCGCAUCUCUUUGCCAUCGCUGACGCUGCUUACAAAGCCAUGAAGAGGAGGAACAAAGACACCUGUAUCGUCAUCUCAGGGGAAAGCGGAGCAGGAAAAACCGAAGCCAGCAAGUACAUCAUGCAAUACAUUGCUGCUAUCACCAAUCCCAAUCAGAGGGCCGAGGUCGAAAGGGUGAAAAACAUGCUGCUUAAAUCCAACUGUGUCCUGGAGGCCUUCGGGAACGCCAAGACCAACCGCAACGACAACUCCAGCCGCUUCGGCAAAUACAUGGACAUCAACUUUGACUUUAAGGGAGAUCCCAUCGGAGGCCACAUCAACAACUACCUCCUGGAAAAGUCCAGGGUGAUUUUCCAACAGCCAGGAGAGAGGAGCUUUCAUUCCUACUACCAGCUGCUGAGAGGAGCUCCGGACUCUCUGCUGCGCUCUCUUCACAUCCAGAAGGACCCGACGGCUUACAACUACAUCAAAGUCGGAGGCCAAAUUAAGUCUUCCAUCAACGACGGAGCAGAAUUCAAAGCUGUAGCAGAUGCCAUGAAAGUGAUCGGCUUCACGGCGGACGAGAUUCAGACUGUUUACAAGAUCCUGGCCACCAUCCUGCAUCUGGGAAACCUGACGUUCGGGGUUGACGGUGACGUGACGCUGAUAGAGAACCCGAAGCUGGUGUCUGUGAUCAGAGAUCUGCUGUCCACCAAAGAGGAAAACGUGGAGAAGGCCAUGCUGUACCGAACUGUGGCCACGGGGAGAGACAUCAUCGAAAAACAGCACACGACGCAAGAGGCCAGCUACGGGCGGGACGCUCUAGCAAAGGCCAUGUACGAGCGUCUCUUCUGCUGGAUCGUGGGACGGAUCAACGAUAUCAUCGAGGUGAAAAACUACGACGCCAGAAUCCACGGGAAGAACACGGUUAUCGGGGUGCUGGACAUCUACGGCUUUGAGAUUUUCCAGAACAACAGCUUUGAACAAUUCUGCAUCAACUACUGUAACGAGAAGCUGCAGCAGCUUUUCAUCCAGCUGGUGCUGAAGCAGGAACAGGAAGAGUAUCAACGAGAGGGAAUCCCCUGGAAACAUAUCGAUUACUUCAACAACCAGAUCAUUGUGGAUCUAGUGGAGCAGCAGCACAAGGGGAUCUUCUCCGUGCUGGACGAAGCCUGCAUGAAUGUGGGCAAAGUGACGGAUGAAGUGUUCCUGCAGGGACUCAACGGCAAGCUGGCCAAACACGCCCACUACACCAGCCGCAAGCUCUCACCCACUGACAAGAGCCUGGAGUUUGACAGAGACUUUCGCAUCAGGCACUACGCAGGCGACGUGGUGUACUCAGUGGUCGGUUUCAUUGAUAAGAACAAAGACACUCUGUUCCAGGAUUUUAAAAGGCUGCUGUAUAACAGUUCUAACCCGGUGCUGAAGGCGAUGUGGCCCGAGGGCAAGCUGCGCAUCACCGAAGUCACAAAGAGGCCGCUGACGGCUGCAACGCUCUUCAAAAACUCCAUGAUCUUGUUGGUGGAGAACCUGGCCAGCAAGGAACCGUACUAUGUUCGCUGCAUCAAACCCAACGAUGUGAAGUCUCCGCUGCUGUUCGAGCAGGAGCGCUGCAAACAUCAGGUGGAGUACCUCGGGCUGCUGGAGAACGUCAGAGUGCGACGAGCCGGCUUCGCCUACAGACAGACGUAUCCUCGUUUUCUACAGAGGUACAAGAUGAUCUCAGAGUUCACGUGGCCAAACCACGACCUUAAAUCAGACAAAGAUGCCGUGAAGAGGCUCCUGCAGGGCUGUGGUUUCGACCAUGACGCGGCCUACGGAAAAACCAAAGUCUUCAUCCGCACACCGCGUACCCUCUUCAGCCUGGAGGAGCAGCGGGUAGAGAUGGUCCAGAGGAUCGUCCUCUUUCUCCAGAAGGUGUGGCGGGGCACCCUAGCCAGGAUGCGAUACCGGCGGAUGAAAGCGGCCCUGGUCAUCCUGCGGGCGUACCGACGGUACAAGGUCAAAACAUACAUCAAGGAGGUGAACCGGCGCUUCAAAAACGUGCGAUCUAUGAAGGAUUACGGCAGACACGUGAAGUGGCCAACGCCUCCGAAAGUCCUGAGAAAGUUUGAGGAGGCUCUCAGGAACAUCUAUAACAGGUGGUGGGCGUGGACGCUGAUCAAAGGUCUGUCUCCAGAAGAGGCCCUGCAGGUGAGAGCCAAGGUAGCCUGCCUGGAGGCUCUGAAGGGCCAGAGGGUCGACUUGGGACUACAGAGGGCCUGGGAAGGAAACUACCUGAAGCGAGACAGCCCCGACUCCGCUUCAUCUUUCACACUUGUUUCCAGCGAGUUGCAGCGGAAAGACAAAUUCAUGAGAGUUUUAUUCUCCUGCAACGUGCGAAAGAUCAACCGUUUCCACAAGGCGGAGGACCGGACGGUGCUCAUCACUGACCGCCACCUGUACAAGAUGGACCCCCUGAAGCAGUACAAACCCAUGAAGAGCAUCCCCCUCUACAACGUGACCGGAGUGAGCGUGUCUCCUGGGAAGGACCAGCUGGUCGUGUUCCACACCAAGGACAGCCGGGAUCUGGUGGUGUGCCUGCAGGGGAUGGUGCCCGCCAACGAGAGCCGAAUCGGGGAGCUGGUCGGCGCCCUGCUCAGCCACUUCAAGAGCGAGAAGAGGAAGCUGCAGGUCAACAUCUCUAGUCCCAUCCAGUGCAGCAUGAGCGGCAGGAAGUGCACGGUCAUCGUGGAGCCCAAGAUCAACCAAUCACAGCCAGACUUCACCAAGAGCCGAUCUGGUUACAUCCUGGCCGUCCCUGGCAACUAAACCAACGGGCCAAAAAGCGGAAGAAAAGAAAAAUAGCUGACAGCUGAUUUCAAAACCACGCCAGGGUGAUGAUGAAGAUAAUGAUGAUGAUGAUGAUGAUGAUGAUGAUGAUGAUGAUGAUUCAUUUCUGAUUCACUUGUGUUUUUGCAGAGCUGCUGAUAAUGAGAUGAUUCAGUUUGCAGCUCUUUAGGAGGAUUCGGUUAAUUGGAUCUGUGAAAAUUGUAAAGCCAUGCCAAAUUGUAGAUUUCUAUGCAAUAUAACUUUAAACAGAAAGUGUGCAAAAACACUUCCAAUUUAAUGCUUAACAGAUUUUUCUUUUUUUUACACACUACAUGAUAAUGAUAAUCUACCAAAGUAGCGUUUCUUCUAGUUUAAAAUCCAAAUUUUUAAGGUGAUUUUUUGUGCAAUAUUUAGAUAAAAUAUCAUAAAAAUAAAAAAAAGGCUUUGCAGGGCGUAUGAAUCCCUGCAGCUCCCUGUGCAGGAGCCGGAUCUAAAACGAUCCCUGAAAAUGAAGCAAGAUGAUAUUUAUGUGUGACAGAAUCGAGGAAAACUCUGUUUUUGUGAUUUAUGUACUGAGGAAUAAUUAUGUCAAUGACCUGAAUUGAAGACUUACUUUCCCACACGUUAAAUGAAAGGAAAUGCAGAGUCCACUUUUAUUUCAGUAAAUGUUUACAAUCACAUGUGGAAACAGCGAGGAGGAAAAAUGUGAUUCAGUGAUUCAGCUUGUCUCAUUCAUUGUUAGUUUGUUAGUCAGAGGAUGUGUUGAGCAUAUCCUGAACAUCGCGAGUUAUUAUAAUUUAAAUUCUGCUUUUCAUAAUCUCUACUACAACGUCUGUCCUUUUAUAUAAUAAUCUCUAAUACUGCUUGUAUAUUUAAGGUUAGAAAAUACUUUAUUAAGCAUAGAAAUACAAUGCUAUACCUGAAUAACAGAAGGCAAAUAUGAAGACAAUACCAAAGUAUUUAAGUUCAUAUUCUCUAGUGUAGCAGCUGAGUGUUUGUGGCCAGUAUUGUGUUAUCCCACGUGAACUCCAGCCCCUGAACACAACCCCAUUUGCCGUCUUUGUGUUGCGUGAAUAGGCUAAUGACUUGUGGUGGCCCUUAGUCGUUUGGAAUAUCCACUUGACAAAUAUCCCCUUCAACACAGAGGGAAAAAAAAAAGAGUGUGUGAGUGCGACUGUAGGCGCGUGUGUGUACUGUGUGUGUGUGUGUGUGUCUGUUAGCUCUCCUGUUCUUGGCUCUGAGACCGAGAGUCUGGCUAAUGGCCACAGAGAAGCAGUGCAGACAGACGGCUGUGAAGUCUGUAAUCAGGCUGCUGUCCUACUUUACCGCCCUGUUCCAUGAUGGGAGUGACUUCAUGUAUGAGCAGAAGAUCUUUGGAGGCCUGAUGUCCGUCUGAUGCUGCUGCUGCUAAACUCCAUUCACUGUUCUCCAGCCAAUUCACACAAGUCUCAUCAUCAGCACUUGAACCCCAGGGACCCCCCUGUGUGUGUGCGUGUUACAACGCUGUAUGUAAAAUCACAUUCUGGGAUACCAAUAUCACGUUGUUGUGGAUACAUUGUGAAAGUCCAAAGGCGUAAUGAUGGCAUGACUUUCUCUACGGCGCAGUUGCAAUAUUUGUUGUGCUUAUAUGGUUGAUAUAAUAUCUAUUUUGUCCACAGAUAGAGUAGACUACAAGUCUAAGAGUACAAACAUGUGUGUUUUCAUUGCUCUAAAACUCUACUCAAAGGUUAGAGUUUCAUAUUGGCCAUGGUUAUGAGUUAAUAUAAUUAAUUAGCUUAUUAUUGAAUCUGUUCAAAAACAGCCUCACCACAAGUUAGCAUUCGAGCUAGCCUCUAACAAGUUAGCCAGCGUGACACAUGCUAAUGCUACACCAUGUGCUCUCCUAGUUUCUUUUCAUGUUAUCUUCACUGGGCUUUUUUUCUUUCCCUGUCAUUUUGUCCAAAGGACUGUCCUUAAUUACACAGAGUAAUCCUGCUGAAGUAAGAGGAAAACUCCAAACAAGUGCUAAAUGGACUUUUUAUCGAGCUAACUGCCGAUUCGUAAAUGUGCUAGCUCAGAGGCUAAUGGGAUAUUAGGUUUGUGCCGUUAACUCAAGCGUGCAGCCAUUGGUGUCCCCUUUAACUGACUGGACAAAACAGAAGUUGAAGUCCUUAAAACCAUCCUCUCUCUGGACUUUCUUACCCUCCAUUUCCCCAAAGGUUAGCACUUUUUAAGGGAUUUGCAAUAGGUUAAAAGUGUAAAUGUUCAUGUCAACAUGCACCAAAGUCAAACUUGACUUCACCUUCCAAAGCAAAAUUUGCAGCCAUCCGAUUUGAGUCUUUAAUUAGGUUAUAAUGAAAUUUGCACAUCUGCACUUAAUUAAGAACAUUUUGUCUGCUGAUCAAGAUUAAGACUGCAUUCAUACUAACAUUCAAAUGUGGCCUGAAUCAGACCCCUGUGGGACCUCAGGUCACUUUUGCCAGUGACAACAUUGGAAUUAUUUUCUAAACUUUUGUUUUCCAAGUCAAGAAGCAGUUUCUUUGAAUAUCAGCUUUAAAGCAGAAAUGUUAAAAGUACUAGAAACACUUUGAUUCCAGCCAUGGUCUUAAAGAUAAUAUGACAAAUGUUUGCCAGGGUCUCUUAAGACCAGAAAAUAGAAAUGGUUUCACUUUGUGCCCACAGAGAUUUUCUGUACUGUCUCUGCACAAAGUAAAGAUUGGCGACUGUGGGCUGGAGAUCGACAGCUCAAGGUCAGGAAUCGGAGCUCCCUCUGUGUCUGGCCUAGUUGAAGAGGCAGAGCCACUCUUGUCGACUUUAAUUCACCAGGAAGGACAAAUCGUUAGCAGUCAUUUUAGCCACAGUAGCAUUGUGCCUAAGUGUUGUCUGAACAACUCGUUUAUCUUAAUUAGUUUGCAAGUACUCGUGGAGCAAAUGUCUUUCCUGCCUGGCAGAGCGGUGGUGGCUGACCUUGUCCUGUUGCUCGGUUUAAAAAAACACAACUCUCUGAUAGAGAAAGGAGUCAUUUGGGGAAACUGGUUCAUGGAUUAAGGAAGUGACAUGGAUAGCGUUAAUAGGCGAUUUUCAGAGGAGCUCAAGCGCAGAGGCUGCCUGUGAUGAGUGUGUGUGUGUAAGUGUGUGUGUGUCUGCUGCUCUCCAUAUCCUUCAGCAGUGUAAUCUCCCACAGGGCCUCUCCUCCUCUCUGCUCCGCUAUUCACCACUCAUCAUUAGGAUGGACUCCGUGUCACUCCUCACUUCAGCGCUUCUCUCUCCGCUUUCUUAAUGCUAAAGGGGGUUCGUGAACAAAGCCUCGCUUGGCCUCCUCUUGCUUUUCCCUCUCCUCAACUCCACUCCACCCCUCCCUUACUCCUUACACUUUUUUUUUCCUCACUCUUCUUCUUCUGUCAGAUCACUUCGCUCCUCGCCCACUCCGGCUGACUGUACCGUCCUGCAGUGAACGUUUUCCUAUUUUUCUUCUUUUUUUUUUCCUUCAGCCGUCCUGUGCCCUUGAGGCGUGGAAAUAAAAAGGGAAACAACACCAGCAACAAGAAAUAUCCAACAAACGAGUACAGAGCAGAAACAAGACGUGUCAAACAAUAGGACAAACAUGCAGCAGCAACAAAAGAGAUAUUGGGAUCCAAAACCUAUCACAGAUAACAAGAAUGUUAUCCUAUAUAUUUUUUAUGAAUUACAAAUCCCAGUAAAAAAAUUGAAAAUAACAAUGUGCCAAUGGCUGCUCAGAUCUAAUGCAACGCUCAAAUAUUCAGCUGGGGUGUUUUCUGGAGGAUUUCUAAACCAGUUAAUGUUCCCUCUAACCAUCUUUCAGAGUACUCCCCUCAAACGGAAGAACACAUCUCAUUUCCAUGUGUGACUUUUUCUUGCUAUUCUGUGAACGUGUGAGUACAGUAAAGACCGAGAGACAGUCGAGCUACAGACCCAGAAACAGCCUGAAAGUAGAGGGGUUUAUAGGCAUGAUCAAAUACAGGAUCAGAGUGGAUUAAGAACAAGAAACUUCACACACGUUUUGGGGAGCUCUGAGACUUAUUUGUUGAAAAGGAGUAUAAUACGUGACCUUUAAACAGUUUUUGAACCACAUUGGAUACACACAAUAAGAUCAAUUUAAAGGUAUUUGGAGGUCUUCUAAUGUUGACUACAGAAUACCACCACAUUAAUGAUUAGUUUUGUUCAGCAAAGAUGACUUUUCCUCUCUAUUAUUCGCCUAAACGCAGGUUUAAUAAUCAAAUGAUCCCUUUACCCCUUCCUAAUUACCACUUUUAUUAAUGGGCGUAAAGAGAAUGUCGGUUAUAAAUGUUAACACAAGAAGAUGUGUGCCAUUGUGUUCUUCCCUUCACUAUUCUAUGCAGUUUCAUCGUACACUUGGGGUUUUUUCCAUACAUACAAAAGAUUCUCAUUAUUAUGCCCGUCAUUGUUAGCCAAAAGGGUAACACGUUCCAUUUUCUUCUCCAUAAUUUAUUCCUGUGGCUCAAAGCAAAGUCUGUAUGCACACACCUUUCAUUCAAUAAGUGCCUUAUUUUAUAUUGAGUUUAUAUUUUGCAUAUUUGUGAUUACAUUCCAUCGGUAUACUGUAAUAUCUAGAUCAAGACUAAAGGGAACGUCAUCGCUGUAAUACUAUUUCUGUGCAAAUGUAUUCUGUAUAAAUGCAGAUUGUGUAUUCCAUGAUGUUCAUAAAGGAAAAAAAUGUCAUUAAUCGUUAUAUUAAUAAAUGUAUUUGCUUCAAUAGCUGAU